AUUCCUUUUCCAAAACAACAUCACAUUAUUUCCUGUGUGACUGAAACGAAAGUCAUUAUAUGGUGCGGAAUUUUUAACGACAGGUAUAUCCUCACCGAUUUAUUUUGGUUGACGUACUUUUAUAGGAUUGCACAGCAAGAACUAGGCAUGACUACAGAGUUUGUCUCUCCAGAAGUGUGAAUGGAGUGGACGAGACUGACGAGUCAUGGACAGCCAAUGCAGCAGCAGUGUGGGCAACAUUAACUCAACACCCGUUUCUGCCCGUAUCGAGUCCUAUGAAGGAGAGAAGAAGUGCAUCUCUGAUGUCCGAAGAACAUUUUGCUUGUUUGUGACCUUUGACCUUUUGUUUGUCACCUUGCUGUGGAUCAUUGAGCUCAAUGUCAACGGAGGUAUAAAAGAGCAGCUGAGAAAAGAGGUGUUGGAAUAUGAUUACCACCAAUCAUUUUUUGACAUAUUUCUCUUGGCUGUGUUCCGCUUUGCAGCCUUGAUUCUAGCCUAUGCAGUGUGUAAGCUGCGCCAUUGGUGGGCCAUUGCGAUAACUACAACGAUUACAACUGGUUUUUUAAUAGUCAAAGUAGUUGUAUCAAAGCUUCUUUCGCAGGGAGCAUUUGGGUAUUUGUUGCCCAUUAUAUCCUUUAUUCUGGCAUGGAUAGAGACAUGGCUGCUGGACUUCAAAGUCCUGCCCCAGGAGGCUGGUGAUGAAAUCAGUGAGAAUCUAAUAUCUAGUUACAGUGAGACGAGAAACAGUAGUCAUAACUAUGGGUAUCUUUCAGUGCAGAAUACACUAGAUCAAGAACCUCUUUUGUACCCAGGACCCGUUUCAGAAGGCCAGUUCUACUCUCCUCCUGAGUCCAUGGCAGACUCUGAUGAAGACCUUGAUGAUAAACAUGAUCUUGAGAAGCCCAUUGUCUAGCAGGUUGUUAUUUUUCUUUUUUUUAUUAGGAGCUCCGAGUACAACAGCCUCUUCCAGCGCUGCUCGACCUCGGGCCAUGUGUCUUCAUAUGGGUUUUUGUACAUGGGUGACCAGAACUAGACAGUCACUCUCCCUUCGAUCUACUAUCAGCAUGAUCAGCAGUUUGUUUAUCUGUCUCCAUCUGCCCACAAAGUGAUUCUCAAUUUUUUUGUGUCUUAAUGUUUUUCCACUGAACUAGUUUGUUUAGUUUAGUUUAUGCAGUACGGAUUGAAAAAAAAUGAAGGAUUUUAAUGUGUAUUUCGAACAUAAUUAUCAAACAUUUAGCU